AUGAAAGACGUCCUCGACUGGACGAUGGGCGGUGGGUGGUGCGAAAACUACGACGAAGGAGGUGAUAUGGAUGGCGAGCACCGUUGGAGAGCGUAUUUAAUCAGCCUCGAAGUUCGUCGACUUUCCCUCACCACCUCACCAAACAUCCUCAUCACUACCCCCCGCCCAGCCAACCAUCACUACGCGGUCAAGAUGAAUUGCCGAAUCGACCUUAAUGUUUUCGAGCAGCUCUUGCUUGGCGAAUAUAUAAACCUCCACAACACUCCCACCGCCCCAGGCGUAGGAUACGACUUCGCCCGGCCUGCCAAGAGUCUCAACCAGGCGUCUAUUCAUAUCGACCCGACGCUUCUCUCUGAUUCCUUCCAGACAGCGCUCAAUAACAGAAUAUUCGCGGAUCCGUUUUUCUCCCCUUCUCAAAGUGCUCUUGGGAACGCCAUGAUUCUCCCCCCAAAUAUGUACUUCGGCUCCAGCAAUACUAAUGACCACGGAAACUUACCGGUCAACCCAUUCAGUGCUCUCGGUGCGAGAAAUUACAACGCCAAUUCUGAUAGCCUUUCCAAUUGCACGAUUACUCCUUCAGUAACCUCUCCCACGGUCAACCCUCAACAGACUCUUACUGGCCAGUUCGAGUACAUUCCCGUGGUCGAAUCGGACGGCGUUGAUAAUGGAUUGCCUGUCGAUGCACCGCCUCUUUAUUCACCUUCACCGCUCUCGACCCCUCGCUCGAGUGUCCGUUCCUAUGACGAGCCUGUGCAGCAGGACGAGCCCCUUGAGCAGGAAAAUCCAACUCCAGGUGUCAUAUCUGUGGGUAAAUCUCAUCCCGAACACACAAAGCAAAGCACUGGCCGUACCAUCACUACCCGCUCCUACAGUAAACGACGAUCCUCUGGACCCUAUCACGAUGCUGUCGCCGCAAGGAAGUCCAAGCGCGCCAAACAGGAUCUCCAAGACGGCGAUAUCAUCCGAGGCUUCGCCUGUCCAUACACACCAAUCAAGGGUUCUGCUCAUCACUGCAGCGUUCUCCUUGGUUCGAUCCAUGAGGUCCCACGGCACCUGCACAAGCAUGUGAUCGAGGAAGAAGAUCGUCUUCGCAAAGAUCCCAUGAUGGACGCAUCUACGCUUGUGUUUGGUGGUGCACCUGCCCUGCGACCCACUUGCGAGUCAUGUGGAGAGGAAUUCUCGAGAGUCGACGCAUGGGAGAGGCACGUGAAGCGGUCGGAGGAGAGGGGCGAGUGCUCAACACCUGUCGGCAUGCAUGGAAAGCACCCGGCACUGCGAACAUCAGAGACGCACGGUGCUGCCGAAGUGCUUGCCCGUAUCUCUGUCAUCGGCGAAAAGCGCUUUAUCGAGGAAGUGAUCGAAGUUUACUCGACAUGGUCCGACCAGUACAGGUUCAAGAAGAUCAAGGGAGGGAAAGAACAGCAGCCAGAGUGGUUCAGGACGGGCGAGAUUCCGAAGAGGGGAACCAUCCGAACCGCGUUCUCCGUUUUCUCCGAAUGGGAUGACGCACCUCGCAAUCUCGAUGCAACAGUAGCAUCGACAUCCACCACGACUCGCGCAACGGCGGCGUCGACAUCUAGGACGACUCGUUCCCAUCGGGCGUGA